UAGACCGAAAGAAAGCGGAAGUAGUGAAAGAUAACCUCUCUAAUUUUUCGAACUGUGCCGAAGCACUCUGAGGGAAUCUGUUGGCAUUAAACUCACUCAUUGUCGCACCGACGCCGAAACAUGGACAGAUAGUGUUUGUUUUAUCGGAUUUACGGAGGUGGUCCCUGCAAACGAUAAUCUAUCACAUCUGUGCCCAUCUUGGACUGUCGCUCCGGACUCUCACACAGACGAACAGUUUUGCUCACUGUUAAAAAAAACAAAAAACCCCACCAGAGUCCCUCCUCUCCUCCUGUGGCCACCAGCAUGGCUAACAGCAUCCCGCCAGCAGUAAAGGUUACUGGGACCCCUGGCCCUGCUGGCAGAAGUAGUCCGGAGGGAUCUCAGGUGCUCAGUAAGAAGAAGCUGCAGGACCUGGUGAGAGAGAUCGACCCGAAUGAGCAGCUGGAUGAGGAUGUUGAGGAGAUGCUGCUGCAAAUUGCAGAUGACUUUAUUGAGAGUGUAGUGACAGCGGCCUGUCAGCUGGCUCGCCAUCGCAAGUCCAACACCCUGGAGGUGAAGGAUGUUCAAUUACAUCUUGAGCGCCAGUGGAACAUGUGGAUUCCUGGUUACGGCUCCGAUGAGAUCCGGCCGUUCAAGAAGGCUUGCACCACAGAGGCUCACAAACAGAGAAUGGCGCUGAUCCGCAAGACAACCAAAAAGUAGAGAGACUGUACACCAAUAUGUUGUACCCACUCUGUGUAUCGUCUUCUUUCUUUUUGAUCAAUGAGGAAGAGAGAGAGAUGGUUUUGGUGUUUAGUUUUUCAUAGUGUCAUUGUCACGUCUCCCUAACUUUUGAGUGUUUUGCCAGCACCAUAGCACAAUAAUGUAAUUGGUGUCUCUGAUUCUGUUUUGUUGCUAUUGAGUUAAGUCUGGUACAACUCCGCAUUUUUGUCAAUAAACAUUUACUGGAAUACUUUGUUUGGAUGAUGUGACCACGGCUGUAUCUGAUUUGCCUUUUGAGACUCUAGAGCGUUUAGAAGCGAAUGUUAAAAGUUGUGUAUGGUGUUAUGUUACCAGUAGUAGGUCAUUAUAACUUUUGAGUAUGUAAGAGAUCAUAGCUCCACUGUUUACUCACUCCACUCACGCUAUUUAUACUUUUUGUUUUGUUAGAGGGUCCAUAAUACCAAAUUCCUACUGCAAAUGGUGGCUACAAACACAGUAAAUUCUCUGUUAUUAGACAUGUUUAUGCUGUUGUGAAUUGUUACUGAUUGUAAUAGGGUUUAUUACUUUAACAUUUAUUUGAACUCUCCAUGUAAAUUGUAUUUUUACUUUCAGCAAAUAUCAAAAUGAUGGAAGAAAUGGUGCUCAGAUGUUGACUUUUCACAAUGUCAGAUUCAAAAAUAAAUGACUGAUCUGUUAUCAAAAAAGAA